AUGCUCUCCCGCGCCCUCCGCGCCCGUCCUCAAGCAGUACGCCCGCGAUUAGCGCAGAUGGCGAACCAUCUAAGCAACGGCGCCAACGGCGCGACAGGCAAUUCCCAAACCUUCAAGAGCCUCCGCGACCUCCCCAAGUCCAACGUCUUCACGUCCAACCUACCCUCCGACCCGGCCUUCGAGACGCCCAAAGACUCGCACAAUGCGCCGCGCGAGACCCUCGGUCCGCGCAUGGUGAAAGGCGCGCUGUACACGUACGUGCGACCAGAGCCGACACUGGCGCCAGAGCUGCUUGCCGUCAGCGACGCGGCGAUGCGGGACCUGGCGCUCGCCGAGGGCGCGGAGAAGGAGGAAGAGUUCGUCCACGCUCUGGCAGGCAACGAGAUAAUCUCCUGGGACGAGGACACCGGUGAAGGCGUGUACCCGUGGGCACAAUGCUACGGCGGGUUCCAGUUCGGGCAGUGGGCGGGCCAGCUGGGCGAUGGCCGCGCCAUCUCGCUGUUCGAGACGACGAAUCCCACGACCGGCGUGCGGUACGAGCUCCAGCUCAAGGGCGCGGGUAAGACGCCCUACUCGCGCUUCGCCGACGGCAAGGCGGUGCUGCGUUCGAGCAUCCGCGAGUUCGUUGUCUCCGAGUACCUCAACGCUCUGAAGAUCCCCACCACUCGCGCUCUGUCUCUCGUACUCUGCCCUCGGGCGAAGGUCAUGCGCGAGCGAAUGGAACCUGGCGCCAUCGUCGCCCGUUUCGCCCAGAGCUGGAUCCGGCUGGGCACCUUUGACCUGCUCCGCGCGCGGGGCGAGCGAAAGCUGCUGCGCCAGCUCUCCGAAUACGUCGCCGAGCACGUCUACGGCGGCUGGGAGAACCUGCCCGCGAAGCUCGCGAAGCCCGAGGACGACCGCGUCACCGUCACGCGCGGCGUGGCCAAAGACACCGUCGAAGGCGGCGAAGGCAAGGAGGCCGAGAACCGCUUCGUGCGGCUGUACCGCGAGAUCGCGCGGCGCAACGCGGUGACGGUGGCGGCGUGGCAGGCGUACGGCUUCAUGAACGGCGUGCUCAACACGGACAACACGUCCAUCCUCGGCCUGAGCAUGGACUACGGGCCCUUCGCCUUCAUGGACAACUUCGACCCCAGCUACACGCCCAACCACGACGACCACAUGCUGCGCUACAGCUACCGCAACCAGCCCACCAUCAUCUGGUGGAACCUCGUGCGCCUGGGCGAGGCCCUGGGCGAGCUUCUCGGCGCCGGCGCCCGCUGCGAUGAGGACGAGUUCGUUAACCAGGGCGUGCGCGAGAACUGGGCCAAGGAGCUGGUCGAGCGUGCCGAACACGCCAUCGACCAGGCCGGUGAGGAGUACAAGGCCGUCUUCAUCGACGAGUAUAAGCGCCUGAUGACCGCCCGCCUCGGCCUGCGCACUCAGAAGAAGAGUGACUUCGAUGAGCUCUUUUCCGAAUGGCUUGACCUCAUGGAAGCCCAUGAGCUUGAUUUCAACCAGUCCUUCCGCCGCCUGAGCGACGUUAAGACCGCAGACCUCGAGACGGGCGAGCAGCGCGAGCAGCUCGCCUCCCGCUUCUUCCAUGAUGACGGUGUUGCUGGUGGCGAAGACACGGCUCGCCAGCGUAUCGGCAAGUGGCUGGAGAGCUGGCAGAAGCGUGUUCUUGAGGACUGGGGCGAGGGCAAAGACGAGGAGCGCAACGCGGCUAUGAAGAGCGUGAACCCGAAGUUUGUUCCCAAGGGCUGGGUCCUUGACGAGCUCAUCGAGCGCGUAGAGCGCAAGCAAGAGCGUGAUGUGUUGAAGACCGUCAUGAACAUGUCAUUGAACCCCUUCGAAGAGAAAUGGGGACUAGACGAGAAGGACGAGGAGCGGUUCUGCGCCGAUCCGCCCAAGUACAACAGGGCGAUGCAGUGUAGCUGCAGCUCUUAA